AGCAAAACUCAGAUCUCCGGCGGUAAUGGAAGCAGCCCUUCUAACAUUGAGAUAAAUGGGCUUCAAUGUAUUCCAACGGGGCGCCCCUCCUGGCCAAUCAGGGUGUCUGCAGCAGCUUCGACACCACCCCCCAGCGGCCGCACAGGCGCACUGAGCUUCCAACUGCCAUUUUGUGGCAGAGGCUACUCUGCUAAAGCGGGAGAAGGAUUAAAACAAAUAGCGAAGAAGCCUUCAUUUCUUACUAGCCUGUUAAACUUUGUAAUAUAGACUCUCUGCUUUCGACUAAGUUAAACGGGAAGGGAAACGCACUAAAAAGAGGUAAAGUAUCAGUACUUUUCUGAUAAGGGGGAGUUUGCAGGAUCUUUAAUCGGCCUCUAGGUGUCACGAUGGGGCUCAGGGUCCGGGCAGCUUGUCGGAGAGUGUUUGUCUCCCUCUAUCGUUAUUGAAAAAGUCGUCAAAAUACGUUUAAAUAACCGAAGUUCUGAUAAAUGUAUACACAUCCCGCUAUAUUUUACAUGUAUCAAUGAAAAUAUCAUCAAGUACAAGUUACGAGUACUUCGACGAUUUGGUGGGAGAGUUUAGGCCAAGGCGUCCAUUUUCUCUCUUCUUUGUUUCCCGUCUUCUAUGGUCUUUACAGCCUUGACGACAUGGAAACUGGCGGGUUUAACUUAUUGCUAACGUUAGCUUCUUUGCAUUAAUACAACGUUACGCCGAGGGUAACACAAAGAUUCCUCCACCCACGGUUUGCAGUCAGGUAGCUGCCAAAACCUCAGUUCCUACCUAGCAUGGACGGAGGGCCAACAGAGGGUGUAGGGGUGGUGGAGGUCCCUGCCAAAGACUUUCCCUCCAUCCAGGCCGUUCACAGUCAGGAUACUAUGGUGGCUGACCUCCUCCAGCAGGCUGCAGAGGCUGGGGGCGUGGUGGAGGGGCAAGCUGGAGUCGUGCUGGAACAAGGUCAUGGAGAAGGAUUGGUAGCAGCCACCCAGGCCCAGCAGCAGCUGAUGGAAGCUGGGGUGGGGGUUAGUGUGGAAGGUGGAGCAGGGGUUGAAAUGAUGGUUAUGGACUCGCUGGAUCCCACCCUGCUGCAGAUGAAGACUGAGGUGAUCGAUGCUGCAGUGGGGGGAUCAUCAGCGACAGUGGGAGUUGUUGGAGGAGUAGCAGGUGCUCCUCACCAAGCAACUGUGACAACAGUGGAUCAGACUCAAAUAAUCACACUACAGGUGGUAAACAUGGAGGAACAGGCAGCCCUGGGUCUGGGGGAGCUCCAGCUGGUUCAAGUGCCUGUUUCUGCCUCCACUGUGGAAGCUCUGCAGCAAGGCACCUUUGCAGACACCACUGCUAUGCCAAAGGAUGGUGACCCAGUCAUCUGCCACACCCUGCCACUACCUGAGGGCUUUCAGGUCGUUAAGGUUGGUGCUAACGGGGAGGUAGAGACGGUGGAACAGGAAGAAGAGGGAGGAGAAGCCCACCCUGAAGAGGAGGAAGAUGAAGAGGUGGGGAACCAGCUGCUGGAAGAAGGGGAGGAUGAACCCAUUCAGCCACCAAAUGAUGACCCAAACUGGUCUAAAGACCCAGACUAUCAGCCCCCAUCUGCAGCCAUCAAGAAGACCAAAAAGGGUAAAAAGAGUCGUCUGCGCUAUGCUGAAGGAGAUAAGGACAUGGAUGUAAGCGUCUAUGACUUUGAAGAGGAACAGCAGGAAGGCCUUCUGUCUGAGGUCAAUGCUGAGAAAGUGGUGGGCAACAUGAAACCACCUAAACCCACCAAGAUCAAGAAGAAAGGGGUGAAGAAGACGUUUCAGUGUGAACUGUGUAGCUACACAUGUCCUCGACGCUCCAACCUGGACAGACACAUGAAGAGCCACACUGAUGAGAGACCUCACAAAUGUCACCUGUGUGGAAGAGCCUUCAGGACUGUCACGCUGCUAAGAAACCAUCUCAAUACACACACAGGGACUCGUCCACACAAGUGCACAGACUGUGAUAUGGCGUUUGUGACUAGUGGAGAGCUGGUUCGUCAUCGCCGUUACAAACACACACACGAAAAACCCUUCAAAUGCUCCAUGUGUGACUAUGCCAGUGUGGAGGUGAGCAAACUAAAACGUCACAUUCGCUCCCACACCGGCGAGCGUCCAUUCCAGUGCAGUCUCUGCAGCUAUGCCAGCAGAGACACAUACAAGCUGAAGAGACACAUGAGGACACACUCAGGAGAGAAACCUUAUGAGUGUUACAUCUGCCAUGCCCGAUUCACCCAGAGUGGAACCAUGAAGAUGCACAUUCUGCAGAAACACACAGAGAAUGUGGCCAAAUUCCACUGUCCACACUGCGACACAGUCAUAGCACGCAAAAGUGACCUGGGUGUCCAUCUUCGUAAACAGCACUCGUUUAUUGAGACUGGAAAGAAGUGUCGUUACUGCGAUGCUGUGUUCCAUGAACGCUACGCUCUGAUCCAGCAUCAGAAGUCGCAUAAGAAUGAGAAGAGGUUCAAAUGUGACAUGUGUGACUACUGCUGCCGCCAGGAGCGCCACAUGGUGAUGCAUCGCCGAACCCACACUGGAGAGAAACCAUAUGCCUGCAGCCAGUGUGAAAAGACAUUCAGACAGAAGCAGCUGCUGGAUAUGCACUUCAAACGCUACCAUGACCCCAACUUUGUCCCCACUGCCUUUGUCUGCCCUAAAUGUAGCAAGACCUUCACUCGCAGGAACACCAUGGCUCGACACGCUGAGAACUGCGGUGGUGAGGUGGAGGAUGCUGAGAAUGGAGCUCCAGCCCCGAAGAAAGGCAGGAGAGGAAGAAAGAGGAAGAUGAGGAGCAGGAGAGAUGAGGACGACAGCGAGGACGAUCAUGCUGAACCUGAUGAGGAGGACGAGGUCGAGGGUGAGGAAGAAUCAUCACUGUUACAGGAAGAAGAGGAGGCAGAAAGCAUGGAACUAGACCAGGCUCCUGCCGCCAUCCCGGUACCGGCUCCCGAUGAGCCACCAGUCAAGAGGAAACGAGGCCGACCUCCAAAGAACGCCCCCAAGCCUGCAACACCCAGCAAGUCAGUCCGGGUGGCUGCCAAGGCGACUGCUUCUGCUGCUGCCAUUAUUCAGGUGGAGGAUGAGAGCACUGGAGCAGUGGAGAACAUUAUAGUGAAGAAGGAGGAUGGUGACGCCUCUGCAGCGACAAGCCUGGAGCAGGGAGUGGCCCUGACUGUGGAGGGGGUGGGGCUUGAUGGGGAAGGGGUGGAGACUGUUGAGCUGGCUGUGAACGAGGAAACAGCGGCUGCUGCUGCUGCUGCCAACGGAGAUCUGACACCGGAGAUGAUCCUCAGCAUGAUGGACCGGUGAACGUGACACAUGUAGCCUGACUAUGAAUAAAAUUGGCAAAUACACAUUAGCCACAUCCAUGUCCUUGGCCUUCCCAUGUUGGCAGCCAUUUUGCCUCUGCCGAAGUUGCUGCAAGAAAUGUUGGCAGCAAAAACAACAAAGAAGAGAAUCUGCAUGUAAAUACUUCCACACAGUAACUUCACAUCCAUAUACAUCAACCUGCACAUUGGUGUUUGUAGGACACACACGCACACACACACUUAAAUACGAUAUACCAGAUCCCACUACGCAUAUUCUCACUCAUACAUCAUAUACAGAUAUCGUCCAGGCUAAUCUCAGACUGCUCUUCAGUGCUUUUGGUUUUUUUGGGCUUUUUUUUCAGUUUGAAUGUCUUCUUGAUGAAUUAUUGUGUGUUGCUACUUGUUUCUACCCAAAGCCACAUCCUGUCAGUCUCUACCCACACACACUGCAGUUAAUGUUCAGCUCCUCUUUACGUUUGCUCUGCCAAAAGGAGACAUUAUGUGAUCUAUUUUCACUUUUCACUUUGAUGUUCUGCUUGCUGUUCUUAAAACUAUGCUGAUUUUGCAAAUUCCGAACCUUUGUAUGUGUGUAUAUAUAGAUAUAAAUGUAGUUUUUUUCCAUGAAACAUAGUAUAUGGUACUUAAGUUUGCCUCUGAGAUACCACUUGCCCUCAGUCAUACGAUCUGUAAAUGUUCUGAUUUUCCUGCUUGGUCUGUGUAAACACAUGGUCCAUGUUGUGGCGUUAUUAGUUUACUGUCUGUACAAGGAGGCUUUUGUUAUAGGAUCUAAUGAAAAAGGAUUCUUUAUACAUGAGCAAAUGGGCUGAGGAAGAUACAGUCAUCUGGUUUUCAGCUUUCUAGUUCACGUUGUCAUCACCCAACCUUGUUCAAAUGGAAACAAGCCCUCAGUCAGCUGAUGCUGCCGAUUUAAGUUUUUUUUUCUUUCUCAUUACCUGUCAUUGAUGGAAGGUUUGUUGCUCUUCCCUCCUGUUCCACAGUCUGCAGGAGGAAGUAGAUAAUUUGCCAUCACAUCAACUGAACGACGCUUGCCUUCCUGAUUUAUUUGGUAAAAUCUUGUACUAUAGUUGUGAUUUUAAACAUUCCAAAGUCUUAAAUUAACAUGGAAUUAUGUUGAUAAAUUCGAAUCAUCUCACCUGAAGUAAACAGCAGUAUCAGACAUUUUUUUGCAAGGUAAUACUGACCUUUCUUUAUUUUUUCUUUAAGUGGGAUCAUUUUGUAGUUAAUACUGUACUUGGAAAAGUUACUGAAGACCAGAUUGUCGAUCAGUGUGUCAGUUGGACCUCCCUGCCUCCAUGCAGCCAUCACAUACAUAAUCAAUGGUCAACUGAGGCAGGUGCUUUGAAUGUAAUCCAUUUUAAACACUUUGCCUUUUGUGGACCUUUUUAAUGGUUUUAAACAGCUCUUUUGAAGAUGUGUUGGUUUAAAGGGACAACAAAGUUUUCAUUUAUUUGAUAAACAUGCCUGGUACUCCAUUUCCUAAGUCUGUAAAGGUAAUUUGCAAAAUAACCUUGCCAUCAUGCUUUCCUUUCACAGAUGAGUUCCUCUCAGCCGACUGCAUUAAAUUCUGAACCACUAUGAUUUUUCUGUCUAUAUCUUGCUGCUCAUAGCCAUGUUGUAUCUGUUUUGAUACUGUUUUACACAUUUUAUUUCUGUCCAUUUUGUAAUUGCCACUGCAUUUCUUUGUGCUUUGGCCCAGUUCAGUAGUAUGAAAGAAGCUUUGUGUCAUUCUUUUCCCCUUUGACCCAAAGGUGAGAGGGUGUAAAGGUUUUUGAGUGUCAGCUGAAAGACAGAACUGUUUGGCACCCAUCAACAGAUUUGUACCGAAUGAAGUCCAAUGAGUAAAUUGUAUGUAAUGACAAAAA